AUUAAUUAUAUUCAUAAUGAGAUUGUUAUUAAUAUUGAAUAUUUUAUCAGUUUAUUGUGAGUUUAAUGUUGGGCUUUCAAUUCCUCCAAUUCCUUGGUCGGUAUUAUAUGGUGAACCCUUAUAUUUAACACCAUUAAUAGAGGAGAAUAAUAUUACAGAAGCAAAGGAAUUAGCACAAGUCAAUUUGAAACAAUCACAUGCUGCGUUAACUGAUGUUGAAAGUUAUUCAGGACUAUUUGUAGUUAAUAAAGAAUACAAUUCCUCAUUAUUUCAUUGGUAUUUUGUGGCUGAGGAAGAACCAGAAACUGCACCACUAUUAUUAUGGUUAAAUGGUGGCCCUGGAACAUCUUCAAUGUUAGGGCUAUUUCAAGCACAUGGACCAUUUCAAAUUACAGAGGAUCUUGAAUUAGAGCCCCGCGAAUAUCACUGGACAAAAAAUCAUCAUGUAGUUUACAUAGACAGUCCAGUUGGUACCGGUUUUAGCCACACUGGCAGUGAAGAAGGAUAUUCAAAAAACACCGAUGAUGUUUCCAUAAAUUUACACGAAGCAUUGGAGCAAUUUUUUAAAUUGUGGCCAAAUUUGAAAAACAAUGACUUUUAUUUAACUGGUGAAUCGUAUAGUGGGAAAUAUUUACCAAAUUUAGCACACUUAAUUCUUGAAAAGGGUAUAUUUGAAAAUUUUAAAGGUGUAGCAAUUGGUAAUGGAUUUAUCGAUGCAGAUGUGCAAUUAAAAGGUUUUGGUGAUUAUUUAUACCAACAAGGAUUUGUAGAUGAGGCUACCAAAGAAGAGUUUACUAAAAAAGAACAAAAAUGUUCAGAAAUAGUAGAAGCGGUUGAAAAUAAUUCUGUACCAAUGGAUGAUCCUGAAUUUAUACAGCCUUGUCGGGAUUUAUUAGAUCCAUUCUCAAAUAAAACACUUUUUGCCAAUGCUACUGGUUAUGGCUAUGUUUAUAACGUCCUAACCUCUAAUCCACCAACUGUACAACGGUAUCGGUUAGAUCAAUACCUUAAAAAAUCAUCUGUUCAUAGACAUAUGCAUAUCGGGCGAUUAGAGAGACUUCAACAGCAAGAAUAUGUCCAAAAACAGUUAGGAGCGAGUAUAGUACUAUCAGAGAAAAAUCAUGUGGAAGAAUUAUUGGCAAAGAAUUACAAAGUACUAAUUUACAAUGGACAAUUGGAUGUUCUUUUCCCGUAUGUUAUAACUGUUAAUUUAAUAAAAACAUUGGAUUUUGAACACAUGGAUGAAUAUAAUAAAGCAGAACGUUUUAUUUGGAAAGUGGAUGACGAAGUAGCGGGAUAUAUUAAAAGUGCAGGAUCAUUAACAGAAGUGAUGGUUAUUGGUGCUGGACAUAUGGUACCACAAGAUCAACCGAAACGUGCAUGGGAUUUAAUUACAAAAUUUACACGAAAUGAAUUACCAAAAUGAAAAAGAAUCCCUACCUUUAUUUAAAAUAAAUGUGUCAUUAUUU